CCUCAGUCCUUUCCGCCAUCAUCUCCACCACCUGCAACAACCACUCCAGCCUAUGUUCCUCUAAGUACACCUUAGCACCAAGACCAUACGGACCUCUCUCGGACAACAACAAAAGUCAACCAUGUAUCCCGCUAGCUCCGUUGGAUCUAGAGAGGAUACCUUCCAUGAUGGGUCGAAUGUCUCCCCCAGAGUUUCUCGGCCGACGAAUCCGCAGCGAACAGAAGAGGCCCGGUUCCCGUCUCCGGUGCAGACACGCGCCAGCAGUCCCGCUCCGGAAGAACACGAGUCCCCCGCCGGAGCUUCAACCCAAGGCUUGAGCGUCAAGGAUGCCCUGCAACGGCUGGUGCUGAACAACUGCCGUAUUACGAUCAUUAUCAACCAGCACGCACACACCAGCCCAUCAGGCCUAGACUCAGACGCGUUCAUCGAGACGCCGCACCUGCUUCCGCGGGUGCCAUCGCCGCCCUUGGCAAGGAACCCUACUCCCGGGGUCUCGGUCCCAAGCCAUCAUGACGAUUUCGACUCGGCGAGCCUGUUUUGCGAUGAUAGCUCCGUCGACGGCGACAGAGACAUCGACCCUGGAGUUGACGGAGGAUUUGCCUACAUGAGACAGGGCAGGUAUGGCCUCGAGGUCGACUUGCCACGGGGGCAAGGGUUCUGGGAUCGCUGGGAUGGUCGCUAUCGUACCGAACCGGUGGUGCGGUGCCCAACCCCAUUCGGUGGCGUUGACGUCAAUCCCGGAGAGGAGGGUCCUCAGAGUGACAUGUGGGGAGGCGCAGAUGUCUCGACUACGGUUGCCAAUGAUGGGUAUGAGGAUUCCGAUCCGACUCCUGAGAGAAGGGCAACCGCGGGAGACCAGGUAGAUACCUAGAGGGAUACCUGGGGUGGACUGGGUAGAGGGGAGCGCUGCUGAGG